AUGGCCAACGAAGAAAACGGAAACAAUUUAGCCGAGGUUCAAAACGGAGAAGAAAUAGUUGAACCAGUUGUAUCGAAAAUGUCCGAGCUCUCCGGACGCUUCGUGCCAAAACUGUCGACCAUUCUAGAGGAAGAAACUGUCCCUGAUGGUUACAGAGCCAAUGAACGUUUUGAAUUACUGUCCCGACCGAAGACACAUCAUUUGCAAGAAACGUUGUCGAAGUAUGGACAACAUUUCAAAUCAAAAGACGUCCAGCGUAUCCAAAUGCAGAUUCGUGAGCGAAGAGGGACGAUUCCAAUGCAGAAACAGGCUAUUGAAGAAGCCGGUGUUAAAAGAGGAUCAUCGAAAUCCCACGAGAUUUACCAAAAACUUCAAGCUAAGCUCCGAAGAGUUGCUUUCGACGCGUUGACUAAUAAGAUGUUUGAGAAAUUACCUGAAUUAAUACUUUCGAUGGAACGGCAGGCUUCAGAACCACUGCCAUCCGAUACAAAAUGCCUGUUGGAAACUCUACGAAGUACAUUGAUUUAUCGACUGGGUGAACCGAUGAACGACCAUGAGGACAGAAUGUUUCAGCAUAUUUGCUUUGGGCUUACAAAAUUUGUGGAAAACAUUAUUGAGAGUGUUCGUCAAAACCAGCCACAGGUGGAAACAGAAAGCAAAACUUGUUAAUAAAAGCCAUGAAAAAUAACAUGUAUUUGUAGCA